AUGGCGGACGGAGACGUGAAAAGAGUGAAAGAAUUGAUCGCAAAGAAAGAUGAAAUAGAAAAACAAAUCAAAGAAUUCCAAGAGGUUCUUGAAUCACAAAAAGGUGUAGGAAUGGAUGGUAACCUUGUCGAUAGUGAAGGUUUCCCACGCAGUGACAUCGAUGUUUACACUGUCAGGAUCGCAAGAAAUAAAAUAAUUUGUUUACAGAAUGAUCACAAAGCAUUAAUGAAAGAAAUAGAAGAUGGUUUGCACCAAAUACAUGCCAUGGCAAGAGAAAAUGAAAAAGAAGAAUAUGAAAAACCAAAGCUGGAUGAAACAGCAGACCUGGUACCAUUUCUGAAAGUAGGCUCUGUGACAGAUGGAUCACCAGCUUGUCAGGCAGGUUUACAAAAAAAGGAUAAAAUUUUGAAAUUUGGAUCAUUAACCCACAAGAAUUUCCAAGGAAUGCAGAAUGUUGCAUCCGUUGUAGAACACAGUAAAGGCAAUUCAAUGCCGAUCAUAUUACUCAGAAAUGAACAGAAAUUAAGAUUGUCUCUUAUACCUAACCCAUGGUCUGGGCGUGGCCUUCUGGGAUGCCAUGUUCUUCCUGCUUAAUGGAUCUUGAACUGGUAUCCAAAAGGAAUGGUUAACUAAUGUGAGGUCAUGUGGUAUGCUCAUUUGCCCUGUUCUUUGGCUUGGCGUCAUCUUCUCUAACCUUGUGCCUCUAAAUGGAUGUUAAGAAGCAUUUAACAGAUGGCUAUUGGUAAAGUAUCUGGAAGAGUACUUAUACAUGACAAAUUUUAACCUACGAAAUGCAAAGCAUAUAAGAAAAAAAUUAACAGUGAUGGCUAAUUUGAUUCCUGAUAAGAGUUUUCAUUCUUUUAAAAGAAGUAAACAUUACAUUUAUUUUACUUCCCCAUCUCUCUUUUCUUUUUCUCAUUAUCGUUCUCUGAAUAUAACUGAAACCGAAACCGAAACUAGUGUCACGAACAACGCGCAAAAGAAUUUUACCUCUGGGUUCCCGAGGUUGCCUGUCCUUUGCUUUUUCYUCCCUCAUCGCAAAUCAACCCUUAAUAACUCGAAUUGGUUGGAGCUGUGUGACACAUGCUUUGUGACAUGUAUAGCAGGUGCCAGAGGCGCCUGACUUCACACGCUUUCAAUUCCACUCCGUUGAGCUGCGCCACUGCUGUUCUUGCGGUUGUGAGUAUCUAUGACAAGAGCAAUUUUCUCUGCAACUUGUCUCGCAACAGCGUUGCGACACAAGUUGCAAGAGGGUCUACGCGGUGCAACAGAGACACAAUCGUUGCCAAAAGUAGAAACGAAUUCUACUUUUCGCAACGAUUGCUGCAACUUGUCUCGCAACGUUUUUCAAAUUGCGCUGUAGAUUACACGCUGCAAUGCUCCGUACAACUUGUGUCGCAACGCCGUGACAAAGUGCAGAGAAAAUUGCUCCGUGUAAUCGCACCUUUAAGUGAUUACGACAUCCAGGAUUCAACUUCCAAAGUUGGAAGCGAGAAACGAGCGACAUAAUUUUAUCCCUGGUUUCCCGAGGAUAUUAAAGGACCGGAAAAACAGGAGAUGAAGCGCUAAGCUAGUCGCCUGCAGUGAGGAGACUUGCGCUAAGACUCCUCAAUUUUAUCAAUAUCUCAGUCCGCAAUUAUUUUACUUUGUCACCUAUAUUUUUUAAUCGAAGCGACCGCUUUCUCUGCAGUCCCUUGCAACUAAGGCCCCGUCCACACUUUGCCGGAUAAAUUUGAAUCCGAAUUUUAAUUUAUUCGGUUAGGCCUACCGUCCACACUAGUCCGGGCGAAUCCGGAACAAUUCU